AUGGGUCACUAUUUCGACUGGAACGCAGAGCGAAAAAGUGUUGGUUUAGACGAACUCAUCAACCGGGCUCCGCAGAAUGAUAAUAUCGAUCAUAAGGCUCUGCGGGCCUAUCGUCAGUCUCGCAUUCGUACUGAGAUGGCUAAACACGGCAUGGACGCGGUAGUCCUCUGUGACGGAGUAAACAUUCGCUAUGCAACAGGCACGCGUAACAUGCAGGUCUGGAGCGGUCGCAAUGCACCCGCACGAUAUCUCCUACUCACGCAAGAGCGAUCUAUACUCUUCGAGUUUGCCGGCUGCGCGCAUCUUGUCAUCGGAUUCGAAGAUACAAUCGAUGAGGUGCGCAUUGCCAGAGGAGCGCAGUUCAAUCUGGACAGGAACAUCGAGAAGAAGGAACGCGACUGGGCGAAGGAGAUGGGAGACUUGAUUAAAGAGCUUCUUGGCCGCGACAGUGGCGUGACGGUUGGCCUGGAGCGGAUGAACGCCGGCGUCGGCAUUACCAUGACGGAGCUUGGUUUCAAGAUCGUAGACGCGCAAGUGGCUGUCGAGCUUGCAAAAUCCAUCAAGUGUUCUGAAAAAAUCCAAUGCAUCAAGGAAUCUUUACGCGCCACCGAAAGAGGUGUCGCCAUGCUGCGAGAUGCGAUCAAGCCAGGACAGACGGAGGCCGAGCUUUGGUCUAUCCUUCACAAAGCCGUGAUUGAGAGAGACGGCGACUAUGUCGAGACAAGAUUACUCAAUGCCGGCAAACGUUCAGUCCCUUGGUUCCAGGAGACCUCCAAUGCAGUAAUCGAAGAGAAUACCCUCAUAUGCCUAGACACAGACGUCGUUGGCUGUCACGGGUACUACUCGGACUUCUCUCGAACGUUCCAUGCUGGUCCUGGCGAACCAUCUGCCUCGCAGAAGCAACUUUACAAGGAUGCAUACGAGAUGCUCAACUACAACAUCAGUGUGUUGAGACCAAAUAUGACUUUCAAAGAGUUCGCUGAUGCCGCUUGGGUAAUACCGCAGAAGUACUGGAAACACCGGUACUUUGCCAUUGCGCAUGGCGUUGGCAUGACUUGCGAGUUCCCAUACCUUUACAGCGCAAGGGACUUCGACGAGUUUGGUUAUGACGGGAUAAUCGAGCCCGGGAUGACACUAUCGAUUGAGGCUUAUCUGAGUGAGGAAAGAGGCACUGAUGGUGUAAAGCUUGAGGACCAAGUCCUCAUCACUGAGACUGGAAUCGAGCGCCUGUCGCAGUUUCCAUUUGAGAAAGCUUUGUUGUCUUAA